CAUGGUAAUAGUUCUAUCUCUAGUGGUUGCAGCCAAUGGCGAGUACCACAAACGACUCCCAACCAACGUGAUUCCGAAGCAUUACAGCAUCGAGCUGAGCUUGGAUGUUCAUACGGGAAACGAAAGCUAUCGUGGUAAUGUGGACAUUGUGAUCGACGUUCUGAAGCCAAUCAGUGAAAUUGUGCUUCAUGGUUCGGAACUGACUAUCGCUUCUGCAAGUUUAGUUGAUCUCGACAAGAGUGCACUUCAGCAGAGUUUAUCCGUUAAUACUGACACCGAGAACAAACUACUGAUUAUGACGAGUCACUGGCAAUUGCAAACUGGCAGCUAUCUAUUAAUGAUUGAAUUCCAUGGAAUCACGUCAAAAACAUCCGAGGGAAUGUACAUAAUAGCAUACAAAGAGCCAGAUGGAAUUCAAAAACAUUUCCUAUCUACUCAAUUUGAACCGCACAAUGCAAGAACGGUGUUUCCUUGUUUUGACGAGCCUGCGCUCAAAGCUACGUUCAACGUUUCAAUCAUCCACCACCGAGACCUCAACGCGAUGUCCAAUAUGCCUUUGAUUGGAGCCCCCGUAACGUACUCACCGGACAACCAAAAGUUCGUAGUUUCGCGCUUCAAACAAACCCCUAAGAUGUCCACUUAUCUACUGGUGUUCCUCGUUUCGGAUUUCACAGUUCGCAGCGAAGGUGACACGGCCAUAUCCGCACGAACGGAAUUCUUCGAGGACGCUGAUUACGUUCUACAACUCGGAAACGAUGCAGUACGUGUAUUGAACGAAUAUACCGGAAUUCCGUACACGAAUUUCAUUCCCAACAUCACCCACGUAUUCCUGCCGGUUGAGAGAGAUUUCGGAAAGGCGACAGAGUUCUGGGGGCUGAUAAGCUACCAGGAAAAGUUCAUUGCGUACAAUUCCGCUAUGGAUGGAUUUGAACGACGAUCAGCUAGCUUUCAGAUAGUUGCUCACGAACUGGCCCAUCAGUGGUUCGGCAAUUUGGUUAGCGUUUCCUGGUGGAAUCACGUCUGGAUGAAGGAAGGAAUGGCAACAUUGUAUCAGUAUUAUGUACUACACCUAGCGUACCCCGAGGAACGGUACAUGGAUCUAUACAAUGUGGAGUCCUUACAAACUGCAUUGAUAAUCAGUGGCAGAGCAGGACCGUUGUUCAAGGACGAAUCGAAUGUUCCAUAUCUUCAGUACUAUUACCCACAAUCGAUGUAUGUGAUCAGCGGCAGCGUUUUGAACAUGAUACGAUUGGUCAUAGGUAAUCAGAAAUGGCAAAUGGCAAUGAGAAACUACUUGGAAAACCAUAAGUUUGAAUCUACAGUUCCUGAAGACCUGUAUCGCGAAAUUGAAGCGGUUGCGAAUAACGAAUUGAAUAUGCCUCGAGACACAACUUUGAAACAGAUCUUCGAUUCGUGGUUUUCCUCGUCCGGAGAAGUUGUGCUGAACGUCCAUCGAAACUACUCACAGGGUCAGAUAAAGAUUUCACAGGCUACCGUUCAUAACUACAAACCCUCAGUACGGAUUAUUCCAUACAACUAUGCGCAUGACCCGGCACAUUUUGAUCGCAUCGAACCGAUACAAUGGCUUAUUUCGUCUCAAGAGAUCUUAGCAACCAACGUUUCGGACGACCAGUGGAUGAUCUUCAACAAACGGCAGUUUGGGUUUUAUCGAGUCAACUACGACGAACGCAACUGGCGGCUGAUCAUCAAAGCACUUCGGACCAACAUUUCCAGCAUUAAUCCACUGAAUCGUGUUCAGCUUCUGGACGAUGCCUACAAUCUCUAUAAAGUUAGAAAGCUAAACCCAAGAAUAUUUCUCGAACUACUAACCUACAUGCGGAAUGAAACCGACUGCCUUCCAUGGUACAAGACGAUCUCCAUUCUCAAUUUCCUACACACUAUGACUGGCUCCGAAACUCUGUUCAAGGCAUUCGCAAAGCACCUUUCCGAACUAUUUUACCAAACAGUCUCUUCCGACGAUGGUCCCGCCCAUACGGCUCAGCUGGAACAUUACGUGCAAUCGGAAGUUGCAAAACUUGUCUGUUGGACAGGGAACGAACUCUGCCAUCAACAUGCCAAAGAGAAACUGCACCACUUGAUUAAUUCCAACUCCUCCAUUCAGCCGGACUGGUUGACGGUCGUCUACUGUUUCGGACUCCACAAUUCCGGUGACGAAGAACUCAACUGGUUGAUCAGUAAAUAUCUCCGGACCAGUAAUGAACGGGAGGAAGAUCUGCUCAUCAAUGCGUUUACCUGCGCUGGCAACACUGGCCAUCUUAGGCAGGUUCUGGUUAGCUUGUACGAUAAAAAUGCCCACGACGCUGGACAGUUGCAGUUUGCGUUUGAAAAAUUUGCUUCAUUGUUGCGAAAACCGCAAGUCGAAGGUCAAUUGGAAAGAUUAGUUUCGCUGCUGGAAAAUGAUCCACAGUUGUCGAAACGCUUAGGUACGUUGCAGGUCAAUACUCUACUAAUAGGAAUGGAUUUCUUGGCAGGCAGCGUAGAGCAGAGGGAAGUGCUGAAAAACUUGGCUCGUCGAUUGAGUCCUGGCACAAUGGUUGGAUUCCGAGGGUAUAGUCUUUACUAUAUGCCAAAUCAACUGAACGUUGAACUACCGAAAAUAUUAGUGAAGAGGAUUAUAACCAGCUGA